UUACGUACGCCACGAAGUCCGACACAUAGCUACGGCGGCUGUGGCUUCCCCAACGGCGAUCACCUGAUGCAUGAGAUCACCACCAAUUCUAAUAACAUUCGCUCUUUAGGCUUGACGACCACAAUAAUGUUACCAGUGCUGUUCAUUCCGCUUAGACUAACCACAUUAUUGGUGCUCUGACAUCACUAACCGGAAUAUACUUAACCCGAGGCCUCCAUAUCAAGGCCUCCUAGCGGCAGACCAUAAAAAUGAAAGUGGAAGAAGCGAUUAUCGUUAAUUAGUUAUUCUACGAUAUAUUCUUGGUAAUUGGAUUCCAGAAUGAGUGGCCAGACAGAGUCUCUUCUAGUGGCUACUAUUGUCAUGACUUCUAUAUCCACAUUGGUGAUCAUCACAAGAAUAACAUUUCGCGCCUGCUUGAUUCGCACUGUAGGAUGGGAUGAUUGGAUCGUGCUAUUGGCAACCAUGAUAAAUAUUGGGAUAUCCAUUUCUAUAAUCUUAGGAGUUGGGCGGGGACUAGGAGGAAGGGAAUGUUCAGAUAAUCCAAACGAUCAGACUUUAUCCAAGUUGCAUAUAGCAACCCAGUUACUAUAUACCGUUACCGCCGGAUUGAUAAAGAUUUCCAUCCUGAUCAUGUAUCACCGAGUAUUCUUGGAUUUGCAAGUGAUCACAAUUCUAACCAUAAUUUUUAUUGUGGCCAUGAGUGUGGCUUUUUUCUUCACAUACAUAUUUCAAUGUGAUCUACCAGAUCCAUGCUCAACCAGUACGGAAAUACGCAAGCGGAAAUGCUUGCCUGCUCUCGGCUUCUGGACUGCAGCCUCUGCGGUCUUUGUUACUACCGAUAUAUGGAUUGUUGUCCUACCGAUCAAAAUUGUGCUCAACCUUCAGCUUUCGUGGGAAAAAAGAAUCACUGUAUUGGUAGUGUUCUCACUGGGCCUCUUGUCCUGUGGGGCUGGGAUCGCGAGACUGAUCUAUAUCGUGAAGUUAUAUGAUAGUAUUGAGCCUCCCUCUUGGACUAGUGCCCCGAUACAGUUGUGCUCCAUGCUUGAAGUUUCGUUGGCGUUAGUAGCCUGUAGCAUCGCUCCAUUGAAGAAGGGCGCUGUCAAAAUCAAGGAGUAUCUGACUCGCGAUUCCGCAGCCGUUCGAUAAUUUUUGCGGCCCUAAGCAGGUAUAAACGAUAGGGCAGGGUUGGCUCAUGCAUUGUGCAGUCAAAAUGGCAUAGUAAUAGGCCUCUGGCACUCUUUACAAAUGAUAACCUGAACUUCU